GCUGUGUCCGGGAACACCCCAGAACUCAGGGCUUCGGGAACAAUUCUGUGGUACCCACGUCUGCAAGGCUGCCGGGGUUUGGCCGACCCAGGGUUGGCUCGGUGGGGCCCCUGUGCUUCAGGUGGUGGCAGCUAGGGCUGUGUUAUUCGUGUUCCUCGGGGCCCAUGGACGGGCAAGGUGGCGGGCACCGUCUGCUCGUGGCGAUGUCAGAGGGGCAGUGAAGCAAGUGAAAGUGCAUCAGGCCCCUGGCCGCCUGGCCACAUUCAGUUCCACAGCCAACCCUACGUCAAGGGGCAGAGAAGCACACCCCUGUCCCCUCUUUAGUGAGAGGAAUUGCAAACCACGGGGCAGGCACAGGGGAACAAGGGUCAGGACCCAGGCCAGUAGUACCCCACCACAGCGCCUCGUCCCUGGAGGCUCAUUUGGUGGAAUCUUCUUCCUGCCUGCUCUCUUUCUUGCAGGCAGUGGAAAAGCCUAGAAAUUGUCCCCCUGCCCCCACUACCCCGCCCGCAUAGCCACGCUCUCACAUGGCACAGAAGCCAUCCAGCAGGCCACUCACAGUUUCAGAGAAGGUCUGUCCCACAUCACAUGUUUUCCAUUCGAUUCUCAAAAGCUUUUUAAAGGGAUUUUUUUUUUCUAGAAAUGAAUGCCUCCCUCCACACUGAGAUCACAGCUUCAGUGUUGCUAAACUUUCUGAUAGAUUCUGAAACAUCCAGAUCACCCUCCUCACAGUGAGGGUUGCUCAUCGGUGACCCUUCCUCACCUUGGGUGGCUUUGGUUCUCUUCAAACAGAUGAAGGAUGGGGUCCCCAGGCACCCCUGUAACUCUCGUUAACUCGGGAAGGGGCCCUGGCUUCACCCUCCCACAAUGUGCCCUUAUCUCCCCUGCCACCAGGUGGCCCCACGGGUAACCUGGGCCCCAUCCUUUUCUCCCUUGGGGGCACUAUCCUAGCUGAAAGACCGUUUGAGGAGCCAGCUCAUCUCUUGGUCCCUAAAACUGGUUGAGCAUUAGAAUCAUCUGGGGAAUUGAACCUCCGAGUUCAGAUUCCUGGCAGGCCUUGAUGACUUAAGGGCAGAGCUGGUGAGAAAGCUUCUUUGGGAACCACUGGCCAGGAAUCACAGGCCUAGAUUCUAGACUCAUUUCUUGCUCUGACCUUCCUUCCCCAAGUUACCCCCCAACUCUGGACCUCAGUGUCUUCAUCCAAAAAUGAGAUGGUUGAUUUAAGUUAUCUAGAAUCCUGCCAUGCAAAGUGUGGUCCAUGGGGGAUUGCUAGAAACAGAAUUUGAGACUCCACCCCAGACCUGCUGAAUCCUAAUCUGCAGGUAAUACCUGAAAGCGUUGAAUUUUGAGAAGCUCUGUUUUAUCAGGUACCUUCUAGGGCGAAGCCAAAGCAGGACCUUCAUACACCCCCAAAAGCUGGAAAGCUAGUUGCUCCCUCUUCUGUCCUCUUGGUGAAUAAUGCUGGCUUGAGGAUGAUGCAGGCAAAACGAAGCUGGCUUCCUUCUCUUCUUGUGUAGGUUUCCUCGGGUUUUUGUUCUACUGUGUUCCUAAACUUUCUUAGGUGGACUCUGGAGCUCCCCCAGAGCUCUCCUCUUCGUGGGUGGCAGUCUAAUCGGUGAUCUUUGUUGGGGGACAGAGAGGCUGGUGUCUCUCACAUCGCCAUUUUCUGUAGGUAGCUUCUAGAAGCCUCGAAUUCAGUCCCUGUGAAACCAUUUGUCUUCUCCUGUGCCUUCCCUGUUAUUCUCCCCCAAUUCGUUUUGUGAAAGCCUGUCUUGAAGAUGGUGCUGGUCCCUGGUCCCGCCAUAGUCCACAUUGCAGCUCACUCAUAUUGCCAGGUUCCAGAUUCUCUCUUGCCAAGGACCAAGAGGCAGGAAAACCGAAGAACCUUCUGAGCCAUGAGAAGUCAAGAAGAGAGCUGUAGUUAAAAUUCCAAGCAAGCCUCAUGCAAGUCUGGGUCACUAGACAUGUCAGGAUCACAAAAUAAAUUGAAUGUUACCAGAGCAGGGAGGAACAGAAAGCAAGUUAGAGAGCCAACAGCAGGGAGAAUAGAAGCAUGCAGGAAACCUGCUUUCUAUUACUGCUUGUCAAAAAUACAGGCUGGUGUAUGCCCAGGAAAAGAGGUUAUAAAUUUCCCUUGCUCCGUUCCUUUGCUGUUUUGAAGGGGAAUUUGCCGAGGACUUGGAACUGUGCUGAUUGGCAAUUUAUUUGUGAAUUGCUUUCUGAAACGGCUUCUCUUCUUUGUUCUCUCCAGUUCACUAUAAUGAACCAUCAGUUUGGGGGGAAAUUCCCUUUUCCUUCAAGCCAAGCGCCCCAUCCCACUCCACUCCAUCGUACCUCCUGCAAAGGAUAUGGCCAUUUAAACGGCAGGCCCCUAAAGGUAACAAAAAGAAGAUCUGCCUUCCUGUGCCCUCCUGGAGGCUGCUGAGUAUCCCCUGCCUCUCAUGGUAGCAUGUUGGCUAUUAUGUAUUCUCGUACGUUACUCUGUCAGGAAGCAUGGGCCCUUUGUGCAUCAAAACCAAAGGAUCAUCUUUUAUUCAUGUUUCAAGGCCUAAUCCAGGAGCCAAGGACCCUGCAGAACUCUGAGACAUUGGACUGAGGGCACUUCCCAAACUUCUUCAGACCAAGGCGACAUAGUCAUGGUAGAAAACAAGCCAAGUGUCGACUCUGCCCAUGAACCGUUUUAAUAAGCAGUUGGUGGAACAGGUGCUGAGUGGGCUAAGCUCUUGGUGAUGAGGAUCACAUGAGCUGGUGCGUGCAGUCCCCAUUCAGCAGAACCCUGACUUCAGCCAUUAUUCAUGCAGAACUGCUCUGUGAAGGGGUCAGCAGAGCUUGGCAUGUUCAAAAAGAUUUUACUACAGUAACAAAGAGGGAAACCAGGGGCCAACAUCUGAGUAACUUCUCCAAAAUCACUCGGCGGUUCGCUAUCUCCGAAGAGGCCAGUGGAGAGACUGAGAUGCAUCUGCCCCAGGCACGGGGGACCCUCACUCGGCCUGUCACCUCCUCACCAACCAAGGACUCCACAGCAGGGACAGAGCACAUUCAAGCCAUGAUCCAGCAGAAGAUCGGAAGUUAAAAGAGAAAUUCAGAAAAUGGAUCAUUUUUCAGUGCGUCUUCCCUGUGAUGGACAGGGGCGUUUACAGCACCACCUGCAGAGGGCAGUUAAUUAGUUGAGACACCACAGUCGUUGAAGACGAUGGUUAAAAAGUGUCUUGUGCGGUGCUUCACUACAGAAAGGCAACAGAAGUUGGGAAAAGAAGGAUUCUCAAGUAGGUAUCCAGGCUCUCUGUGGGAGUCCCCUCUGAGCUGCAGCCACACUGCCCUCUACUCGAUGAGUGCUCGGUGGUCAGACACUCAGAUGCAACCACAAAAGGUGCCGUGCAGAUCCCAGCUACCGGUGACUCCACAAUGGCCUCUGCCCUUGGGACCACUGUCUCCUAAAACAGGACUGAAGCCUGGAACGACACUGGACGCAAAAGGCGAACACCAAAACGAGAAUUCCAAAGUCAUUUCACUGCUGAGACGCUCCUCCGUGUCUGCCCGCUGAAUCGAGAGCCGAGCAGCCCAGCGGGUCACCUGCUGGUGGAAAGGCAGAGCACGGUGACGGCUCAUCGGGGUUCACACCGACCACCCGAUUUCCUUUCGGAAUAAUCUGGUUACCGAGCCGCCUCCCAGGGCGGGGAUGCGCAAGCUGUGGGGGGCUCCAUUUCCCAACGAGGACUUGCUGAGGGGGGGGGGGCCCCCCCCCCCCAAAGAAGCACCGAUGCGCAGGUACGUCCGCGUCCAGGGGCCCCGGGCUCCUUGGAGCCCCCCGACGCCACCCGUGACUCCAGGGGAUGGGAGGGCUGGCCGAGGACGUGGCAAACAGGAAACGCCCAGGGGACGAGGGUGGAGGGAGAUGAGAUGUCGACACUGCUCGCGUUCGCGUCUAACCCGCGGCUGCUCUCUGUCCCCCCCCCCCCCGGCCGAGCAGCACCGAGGACGCGACCGCACCACCGCCAGCAGCCCCAGCGACCUCCCGGCACGGUGCGGCGGGGCAGCUGGUGUUGUGAAUCAGGCCGUUGCCACUCAGAGAACGGCUACUUCACAACACCAGGGUCACGCCCCACCACGGGCACCGGCCGCCAGGACCCUGCGGCGGCUCAUCCCGGGGCUCGUCCGGAGCCUCCGGAAGCCCAGCUUGCACGCGGCUGUGGCUCGUCCUGUGCGCGGCGUGGACUCCGCCGCAAUCAGGUGCCCGGGGCCGUUUGCCCCCGCAGCACGAGUGUCCCCCUCCACUGUCGCAGCCAGAAAGCCCUCUUCAGGAUGCAUGCCUGCGUCAUGUCAAUCCCUCCACCCUGCCUGGAACUCCUUCAGGAGUUGGCCUCACUCUGACGAACGCUCCUCUCACGCGGCCGUCGUGCAUCCACUCCUGGGACUCUCCGCUGAGGUAUGGCUCCUUUUCCAAAAUGCGCGCGGCCUCACUGAGAACAGCCUCCCCGUCGUGCCGAACAUCCCAGACCCUCCACUGAAGCACACUGGAUGCCACCUGACUGUGCCACCGGAAAGAAACAAGAGGACACCUGGGUGGCUCAAUCUGUUAAGGGUCCGACUUCGGCUCAGGUCAUGAUCUCGCGGUCUGUGAGUUCGAGCCCCGCGUCAGGGU